CUUGCCACAACCUUUUUGCCUAGAGAUCCCCUUGCUUCAAGCAAUGGCGGGAUAUCAGGAGAGGCCUGAGACAUGGCUGAAGGAGCAAUUCUUUGGACCUCUCCAUGAUCAGUUCAAAUUGGGGAAACGCUUGGGCAAGGGAGGUCAGGCGACUGUCUACGAGUGCACACGAGUGAGGACCGAGAAGAAGUAUGCCGUGAAAGUCAUUGAGAUGAAAGCGCUGAACUUUCAGAAGAAUGACGGGGAGCAGAACCUACGACGGGAGAUCCGCAACAUGGAGGAGCUUUUUCACCCACGGAUCGUGAACCUGCUGACACACCUGUAUGAGGAAAACAGGUGUUGGCUGGUCAUGGACCUGGCUCGCGGGGGAGACUUGCACAACAAGAUCCUCGACGAGGUGAACAUCUCCAUGAGUCGAGGUGACGACCACUUUCCUGGCCUUGGACAGUCCGAACUGGCCACCAGACAUGUGGCAACGCAGCUCCUCGAAGGUAUGGGCUAUAUGCAUUCUUUUGGCAUUAUCCACCGUGACAUGAAACUUGAGAAUGUGCUACUGGUCCGCACCUAUGCGUACCCAGGGCCUGCAGAGAAAAAUUUCCCAGUGCCUUCGGAAGUGCAUGACGUCAAGAUCACAGACUUUGGCUUGUCGAAGAACAUGCACAGCACCCCGAUGCUCCGCCGCGCAACGGCGGUGGGCUCGCCAGAUUUCGUGGCGCCCGAGGUGCUCCAAGGAGUUUGUGAUCAGUCCGGUGACUACUGGAGCUACGGUGUGAUGAUCUACGCGAUGAUUUGUGGAGAGUGGCCCUUUACCAUCAGGAGCAAGGACUUGGUCCCGGAACGUCACAAGGAGGUAGUCUCGACGAUCAAGGCUUCCCGCUCAUGGCAGCACGCCUCAAGAGAGGUCAGAGCUUUGGUGGGAGGCCUACUGAACAUCAAUUCUUCAUCAAGGUUCACCCAAGUUGAGUGUAUGCACCACCCAUGGUUUUCAAGCUGCUCAGCUGAGUGCUCCAAGGUGGCACUAAAUGAGGGUGUUGCGCUCAAAGCUGGCGAACCGCGAGGUGUCAUUCAAGAGAUCAGCGGCUGUACAGGGUAUGCUGUUGAUAACUUGCAGCUGAAGCUUCGGAAUGGGACUACAACUUUGACGUUUGGCAGCGCUGGUGGAGACAUCCAGCACCACUGGCAGCUGAGGCCAGAUGAGAGGAUCACAGCUGUUUUGCAGGAGGAAAGGCACGACUUUCUGGGCCUUGCCAUCACCUUCCAUACCUCCAGAGGGGAUGUCCUGGCCUUGCAGGGCUCUCAAGCACGGAAGCGGCGCAGCUUCAUCGCCCCCAGUGGCAGCCAGAUUGUUGGGCUGCAGUUCCAAGGACAUCGUUUGAUUGGUAUUCAUCUUGAGAAGAUCUUGAAUGAGGAGCCGGGCAUGGUGGCAUCCCUGGGAGGUCGCGUGGGCCAUGCGGUGGACAAGGUCUGGCUCAAAUUCAGGGAUGGGUCCCUGCGCGAGUAUGGCAACUCAGAGAGAGGUGUGGACCAAGGCCCUUGGGCCUUGGAACCUGGGGAACACAUCAACGCCGUAGAGCAGUUGUGCCGGGAUGCCUUCUUGGGAACGUCGCUGGCAUUCUACACCUCUGCGGGAAGCAUUUUUUGCCUCAAGGGUAUGGAGGCCUUCGGCUCCCGACGCUUCGCGGCCAUGCCGGGGAGGCAAAUCUGCGGACUCUACUUCGAGGGCAGCAUGAUCUCGACCGUUGACACGUGCCCCGAUGACGGGAACUUGAGUGCCUGCAAGACCCACCGCUUGGUCCUUUAACUGAAGGGCCCUACACGAGUCUACUUGCCGCCAAGCUCUUAGUUCGUGAACUGGAGGGCUGUACAGUGCUGUACUUGCCACGCCGCUACUCCUUUGGAUGAGCAAUUGUUUUGCAUUCUUUGAUCGAAGCCAGAUCUCUAGACUUGGCUGUUCGAGCCGUUUUUGCCA